GAUGAUGGUGUCCACUCCGUCCCACGGCCGUCGUCGCGAUUGAGUGCGCGAGGCUUGGCUGGCUAGUGGCUAGCUAGGUACUUUAACCGUGGCCGUCGCCGUGGCUGUGUAUCCUGCGGGAAGGGAGGCGGCGUGGCUGUGUGCUUAUAUCACGAACCCACUAAACCUACCUAAGGUACCCUACCUCCAGUCAGCUCGGGCAAACAAACACCACAAACGCCAUGUCUCUCGUCAUUCGCCUCGCUAGGUCUUGCUCUCUCGUGGGAAGAUGGAAGCAAGGAGGGAAAAAAGGGAUGCGCCCGCCGCCCGCCCACGCCGCCGUCUACCGCCUUGUCCGACCGCCCUUGCUCCGGUUGCGGGCGGAGCUGACGACAGGGCCCUCGAGCUUGACGAAACUCACCGUCCAGUGUGUUAGUGUUCAGCACUUUCGCAUCGUGGCAUUUCACAUGGCUGAAGUCCCCUUUUCGAGAUCCCUUUUCUUCAAAAAACUAGGUGUGUAUGGAUUUGCCACCACCACCACCACCACCACCACCACCACCACAUCGCCGCCGAGAAAAGAUGCAAGCGUCGCGUGCUGCGCCGGAACGCUGACGAGAGAAUCGAACGUUGCGAGAAGACGAAUGACGUAUGUCCGCCAGGUGCACUCUGUUGCCUGUCGUGCUGGCCGCCUCUACCAUCAAGGAAGCCGGAAAAAGACAUAGGGGAAGAAAGGGGAGGGAGAGUGUGGGAAAAAACAACAAACGACACGCAAGACAAGCAAUUUGGUAUCUCGAAGGGGGGAAACCGUCGUCGGACUCCAGACGCGCAGCAGAACAACAUUCGGCUGAACUCGGAAGAAUGA